ACCUGACGGCACAACUGACCCGUAUUGACAGUCCGGGUCGGUAUGUGUUUCCAUACUCGCACCGGGAUAUGAAGUUCCCGUCCACUGGCCUCGACUUUGAUCUAGUGUUUGAGAGCAAACAUGCGCAGUCAAAGUUGUUAAUGAGUAUGGAACCUGGUGAUUUGAAUGGUGGUACAAUCAGAUUCUACAAGGUUGAGAAGUAUGGAAUGGAACAGUUGUUUAAUGGCAACACUACUCGACCGGAGUUUUUGCUGUCGACGGGUCAACAGAUUGUGUCUAUGAUUAGAGGCUAUAGACGUGAGUCAACGAGUAGUGCGAACAUCAGGUUUAUGUACGAAGUGGUGGACUCGCAGUGCAGUCAAUACAAACAGAUGACUGAGACUGAAAAUGUCACAACUGUACUCCUGCCCGAUAACCAAGCGUUGCAAACAUUACACCAGUAUAAAUGUGUCAACAUCUAUGAGCACCAUGAUGUUUCGGCCAGAUUUGAGCUACGAUUAGAUAAAUUUAAAGCCUUUAUAAACAGCGCCGAUAUUAUGACCGUAUCGGACGGUCUGUCCCAACAGUGCCCUCCGCUCGCAGUCAUUGAGCGUCAAUUGCUGGACACGUAUUGGCGCACAAAGUAUUUGCAAUCGACGACAAACACCAUUACUGUAACCUAUGAAUCGAGACGUGUGGUCAACACUACUCGCAGCGAUGAUAAUUUAAUUGGCAUACAGACGGUAUAUCAUGGCGGUAAUUAUAAAUUUCUGAGUGAUGAACUGACAUAUCAGUUAAUAAUAGACAUGAACACAUCGACACACAUACAGUCAAAUCCCGGUAUAUACACGUUUGAAACGGACAACGAUCACCAAUUAGUAUUGGAGCUAAACGCUUCGGUAAUACAACCAGGCUCAUUGGAUCAUUUGACGCUAUUUGACGUCUACAAUAACGUGGAUAGAGAUGUCAGCGAUCAUCACAAGUUAAUUACACUCUACUCGGGCUCAUACGGACCAUCAAUAAUACCGUCAAACACUAAUCAAUUGAAACUAGUGUUUCACCAACGGGUCGACUAUCAGCUCGUUGUGCGCCGUGUGCUGAGGGCCGGCAACUGUAACACUACCGCCGCCUGGCGUUCAAUCACUGGUUUUAAUGUGAACACACAGACAACCAAAACAUGUUAUUUACUUAUGCCCGGUAGACCUGACCGUACAAACGCGUCGAUAAUUUUGCGCUGGACUGAGCUCAAGCACGCCACCCCUGACGAUUGGAUUGCCUUGUAUAAAGGUUCCAUGUACGACAAUCAAGGUUACGAGUUCAUCAUUGGAAUUACUAAUAUUGGUCAUAUGACAAGUAUGCCCGAUGUAAUAUUGGCAGCUAAUGAAACGUACAAGCUGCAAGUGUGGCGUUCAGCAAAUUCUUGGUCCGAACGCCCACUGAUGGUCACCCUAUCAGUCGAGUACACGGACCGGGCUGUGAUAGACAAAAACAUGACCUUUACUGAUCACGAAUUGACCGUAAACACCCAAAACUAUCCGGGCGAUUACCCCGUUGGCAACACCUUUCAAUGGCUACUCAACAGCGAUAACUCUAUGGGAAGUGAACCCAAAUGGACUAUGGCUUUGGUUACGUUUGAUGACAUUGAUAUGAACCGAUACCACAGCCUAUCGGUGAAUAAUCAAUUGAUCAAGCGCAACACUGGCCACAAACAUGAUCAAUUACCGGCCGAUAUGGUAGUACCGCUACCAUUUAACAUCACGAUGGACACUCGUUCUAUUUCCCCAUCCGACAAUCAUGGUCGAAUAAGCGCUAGGGGCAUAAAAGCCAGGGUAACUCCAGCUAAUUGCGGCGGCGCCUACACUGUUAAACUCGGCCAAGAGUUAACAAUUAAGGGCGUGACCACCGGUAGUCAAUUAGACGUCCGGUGCGUUUUGACAGUAACGGCUCAAGAUGACCCGGAUCAUUAUCCGUUUGAUCGGAAUUUGGUGCUUACGUAUCCACCCUAUGCCACCCCGUGGGUUGUUUAUGACUCAAACACACUCCGGGAUGAUCGCAAAAUCAAACAUGAUCACGUAUGGAAUUAUUGGUAUACCUCAUCGACAAACACUAUGGUUGUUCUUUUAAACCACACCUAUUAUGGUAGUCUAUACAAACCCACAUUCACCGUAAAGGCACUAGAUAUGUUGCUGUGCGCAAGAAUGUGUGACAAUGGGCAACGUUGUUUAUUACCCAAUUUCUGGUGCAAUGGGGUCGACGAUUGCGGUGAUUGGUCCGAUGAAAGGAAUUGCAACCCUACGCCCACGUGUCCGCCCAGAGUGACCAAUAGAGGUGCCUGGAUCGGCUGGAUAGUGCUUGGUGGGAUGACCACCUUGCUAAUAUCAGGCGUAUUAGUUUGGGCUGUCGUACGGUAUGUCAAUCGAAAGCGUAAUGGUUACGCAAUUCGCAUCGAG